AUGGCCGACGAGACCCCUGUCGCUGCCCCCGCUGAGGCUGUCGACCAGCCCGAGCGCGAGACGGCCGCGGGCGCCGACAAGCCUGCCGACCAGGAGACGGAGAACGUGAACACCACCGAAGACAAGCCCACCGCUAACCUCACUGGCCACGGCCUCGCCCCGUUCCUAGACUCUACAAACGAUAGCGAUGAGAAGCAACCGGCUGAGAAUGGCGGUGACGAGCCCAAGCAGUCUGAUGAUGCCGAUGACGCCAAGGAUGAGUCUGGCGCCGCCGCCGGUGAUGAUGAUGGCGAUGCCGCCGAGACCACUGCGCCAGAGGCAAACGGUACUCCGGCCUCAGCCAAGAAGUCUUUCAAGGAUCGCCGCCGCUCCAGUGGUGUUGCUGAGAGGUCCAAGCUCAACAAGCGCAAGUCGAUGCCCAAGAUCACUCAGCUCAACGUGAAGCCUGGCGAGUACUACCUCGCGCGCCUGCGUAGCUAUGCGCCCUGGCCGUCCAUCAUCUGUGACGAAGACAUGCUCCCACCCAGUCUGGUCGAGACUCGCCCCGUCACGGCGGCGCAGCCCGACGGCACAUACCGUGCUGACUAUGCGGAUGACGGCAAGCGGGCCCACGAGCGAACCUUCCCUGUCAUGUUCCUCCAGAGCAACGAAUUUGCGUGGAUUCCCAACACUCAACUUACCCCCAUCACGCCGGACGAGUGCAAGGAUGUUUCCGAGAAGAACAAGUCAAAGGGCUUGAUUGCGGCCUACAAGGUCGCCGCCGAGGGCCAUGAUCUGGAUUACUUCAAGCAGAUGCUCGCAGACCACGAGGCCGCUAUCCAGCAGGAGAUUGAGGAGGAAGAGGCCGCAGAGGCCGCCAAAGCGGCCGCCAAGGCUGAAAAGGAGGCUGCAAAGGAGGCUGCCAAGGCGGAGAAGGAAGCCGCGAAGAAGGCCACCAAGAACAAGCGCAAGAGCAAGGGUGCCGAGACCGACGUGGAGAUGGAGGAUGCGGAAGACUCGAAGAAGUCAAAGGCUUCUUCCAAGAAGCGCAAGAACGAGACCGAUGCCGAGGCUGAAAAGAGGAAGAAAGCUCCGGCCAGCAAGGCCAAAAAGGCCAGCACCAAGAAGAGCAAAGCCGCCGUCGAGGAAGAUUCUACCCCCGAGGCCAAGGAGCCCGAGAAGCAGGUCGACCCGGAGGAGUUGCGAAAGAAGAAGGAGAAGGAAGUUCUCUUCCUUCGCCACAAGUUGCAAAAGGGCUUCAUUUCUCGUGAAAUGCCCCCCAAGGAGGACGAGAUGGCCACCAUGGCCACCUACUUUGACAAGCUCGAAAAACACACCGAUUUGGAGGUGUCCAUCAUUCGUGCCACCAAGAUCAACAAGGUCCUCAAGAUGAUUGUCAAGCUCGACACCAUUCCCCGCGACGAGGAGUUCCAAUUCCGACACCGUGCUUUGGGGAUUUUGACCAGCUGGAAGAGCGUUCUGGAAGCUGAUGCCCCUGCGCCGUCGGACAAGGAAGCCAAGCCCUCCACAAACGGUGCCUCUAAGGAGGAGGGAGCCGCCGAGACCCCCAAGGCGGAGACUGAGGAGGAGAAAGAGGCCGAGAGCAAGGCUACUGGGGAGGAUACCCCGAUGCCCGAUGCCGAUGCGGACAAGGCCGAGCCUCAAGAAGCCGAGCAAGACGAGGAGGACAAGGAAGACAAGGAAUCAGAGCAGCCCGCCGACGAGAAGACCGAGGAGAAGGGCGAGGAACCCAGUGAAGAAAAGUCGGAGGACAAGGCUGACGAGAAGGACGAGGAAAAGACCGAAGAGGCUGCGGAAUAG